AUGGACCGCUCGACACCAACGUUGAGACAUGCCGGCACACUGGCAACAGAUGCCGGGCGCUUUGCGAAAGUUGAGGCACAGCUGCCCCAAGUGCCCUCCACGGACGCCUGGCAGCUGCAGGCCGCUAUCCGCACGGAGCUCGACAGGCAGACGCGCCAACUGGAAGAGACGCUCGCGAAGCAGGCCAAAGUCGCUUUGGAGAAGCACAGCCAGGAGGUGCAGGGUGUUGCGGCAGCUUGGCAGCUCGUCGCGCGAGCACUGGGCGAGCAGCUCCAGGCUGGCUUCAGGUCGACGCAGCGGAGCUGCCAGGAGCAGGCGGAGCGCCUGGAGCUCUUAGAAGCGUAUCUCCGCCGCACGCUGCAGGAGUCAGAGGAGAGGGAGGCCCAUCGCCGGCAAGAGGUGCAGGGGGUCGGUGACGCCUGGCAGACCCUUGCGAGGACCAUCGGCGAUCAGCUGGGUCAGGUGCAGCGCCUGGGGCAUCGGCUUGAGGCUGGCGUGCAGGAGCUCUCCGACAACUUCGAGAAAGGUGCCCCACGGUCGCCACGACGCCUGAAGUCGCAGCCCACCUCACCAAAGGCAUCCAGCAUCGAAGCCACCGAGCCCACGCUCGACUCGCCAGUCUCUAAGCAGUCGGAGGAGGUGCCACGAAGCACAGUGGUCGAGACGGAGGAGCUCCCAGGAACCGUCCUUGUCGAAGCCCAGUCGCCCACGUCGAAGACGGAAGGCAACGCCUCCAUGGAGAAAAUGGUGAGCCAGAAGUCCAGGACCAAGGCGCUACAGAGGUCCUCCACUGCCAACGACAAUGCACUCACCUUCGCUGAGAUGCAAAAGCAGUACGGAGUGAAGGGAAAGGCUAUGCAGACCUUCAUCGAAGAGCAGGACUCAGGCAUUUGCUGCCUGCGGCGCUGGAGCAUUGCCAUCGUCUCCCACCGUCGCUUUGAGAUGGUUUGCGCCAGCUUGGUGAUACUGUGUGCUGCCAUGAUCGGCAUCGAGGCUGACUACGAGAUCCGCAGCGGUGGCUCAGGUCAGCAUCCGGUCUUCCGCGGCUUUGACAUCGCAUUCAACACCUGGUUUGCUGCAGAGCUUGCGCUGCGCUGGACGUCCGAAGGGCUGCGCCCAUUCUUCUCCUGCGAGAAUCCAGCCGUGAAGUGGAACAUCAUGGACUGUUGCUUGGUCAUUUCCUCUGCACUCGAAGAGAUAGCAGCGCUGCUGGCGGCAGCGUCCUUUUUGGAGGUCUCCACCCUUCGCAUGCUGCGGAUGAUGCGACUGGUUCGAGUCGCACGAGUGAUCCGUAUGCUGAGAUUCUUCUCGGACCUGCGCGUGAUGGUCAAUGGCAUCAUGGGCUCCACAAAGCCUUUGCUGUGGGCCUGCGUAUUCCUCCUCAUCCUGAUGUUCAUGGUUGGCGUGACCUUCAUGCAGCUCGCCUCCAACUACAUCAAGGAGAUGGGUGGAUCACAGGAAGAGCUCAUUAUGUAUUGGGGUUCGCUUUCACGGACGAUGAUGACACUGUAUAUGGCCAUCAGUGGUGGUAUAGACUGGCAAGACUGCGUGCGGCCUCUGCGCAUGGUCAGUGAAGCUCUGGAGUACAUGUUUGCAACCUACGUCUUCUUCACCAUCUUCUGCUGCUUGAACAUU